AUGAAGCGAGAUGCGAAAUAGUAUACUUCAACGAUACCCCCCGAUGGCUAUUACGCUUCAUCAUUUGGCUGUACGAUAAAUGCAUAUAGGCCAGAACAAGCAUUUUAUAACAUGUAUGUAACUACCAGUGAAAAGCAAUUGGCAUCAAUUCAGCGAAAAUCGUGCAAUUUUACAAGACCGAGAAGUCAGCAUUGGCAGCCACCAACAACAUACAUUCGACCCCCUUUGUCACCAUUUUAUCAUCAAAAAAGGUUUUAUACAUAUAUAGAUGGUGAUAUAGUGAUACGAUUAAAUAAUGAGAAGGAGCGUGUUGGAUUCUCAGUUAGUGGUGGUAGUGAUGAAGAUUUCGAUGUCAUAGUUAAUGGAGUCCUUCCAGGUAUUCUUUAA